AUUCAUGAAGGAACAAUUCUUCAGACUGUUAGAACCUGUUACAACAUUUAUCUGGCCAGUAAAAAUCUUAUUAAUCAGACAACUGCCAAAGCUACCCUUACACAGAUGUUAAAUGUCAUUUUUACACGGAUGGAAAAUCAAGCUGUACAAGAAUCCAGAGAAGUAGAAAAAGCAAAUCAGCAAAAAUCCCAGUCGCCUGCAAUUCAAGUGGUGUCCAAGUCUCCGAAGAUUGGCCAGUUAAAACACAGCUAUCAGGAGGGCAAACCCACUGCUCCUCUCAGUGCAGAAUUAACUAACGGUGAGCCUGAGAGGGCAGAAAAUGGAGACGUGAAGUUGGAGCAGGAUCUGGCUCUUCCAGCAUCAGAGGAAACAACUGAUGGAGGAAAGGAAAUGGUUAAAGGCAUCUUGGAAGAUGUGGUCAAGUCAGCUGUAAAAGUGGCUGAAGAAAAGCAGGUAACAGAAACAGUUAAGGCUCUACCUGCUUUAGAGACUGCAGAUACUGUUCUUUCUGGCUCUAGUAAUGAAAACAUACAAACGAACGGGAUUCCAGAUGAUGGACAAUCUGUUUCGUCCACUGAUAAUCUGGAAACAGAUGUAUCUGGACACCAAGCUGCUGCCAAAUUUUCCCAUGUUCUACAAAAGGAUGCCUUCCUUGUGUUCAGGUCGUUGUGCAAGCUCUCAAUGAAACCACUUGGUGAUGGACCACCAGAUCCCAAAUCCCAUGAAUUGCGUUCUAAGAUAGUGUCUCUCCAGCUUCUUCUCUCGGUACUGCAGAAUGCUGGUCCAGUUUUCAGGACACAUGAAAUGUUCAUCAAUGCAAUCAAGCAAUAUCUUUGUGUAGCAUUAUCUAAAAAUGGAGUCUCUUCUGUUCCUGAUGUAUUUGAGCUCUCUCUUGCCAUCUUUCUCACGCUGCUUUCAAAUUUUAAGACCCAUCUAAAAAUGCAGAUUGAGGUGUUCUUCAAAGAAAUCUUCCUGAAUAUUCUAGAAACUUCUUCAAGCUCCUUUGAACACAAAUGGAUGGUGAUUCAGACUUUAACUAGAAUUUGUGCAGAUGCCCAGUGUGUAGUGGAUAUUUAUGUUAACUAUGACUGUGACUUAAAUGCUGCUAAUAUAUUUGAACGCCUUGUAAAUGAUUUGUCCAAAAUCGCACAGGGACGAAGUGGGCAUGAGUUGGGAAUGACACCUUUACAGGAAUUAAGCCUGAGGAAAAAAGGACUUGAAUGUUUGGUUUCUAUUUUAAAAUGUAUGGUAGAGUGGAGCAAAGACCUUUAUGUGAACCCCAAUCAUCAGGCUAGCUUGGGUUCCUAUAAACCAUCUGAGCAAGAAAUGGCUGAAGGUAAAUGCCUUGAGAGUGGAGGGAGACGGAGUAGUGUCAGUUCCUUGGACUCCACUGUGUCGUCAGGAGUUGGAAGUGUUGGUACCCAGACUGCUGUCCCAGACGAUCCUGAGCAAUUUGAAGUCAUCAAGCAACAAAAGGAAAUAAUUGAGCAUGGGAUAGAACUGUUUAAUAAAAAACCAAAGAGAGGGAUACAGUAUCUACAGGAGCAGGGAAUGCUUGGUACUACAGCAGAGGACAUUGCACAAUUUUUGCACCAAGAAGAACGCCUCUGUUCUACUCAAGUAGGGGAAUUUCUUGGGGAAAGCAACAAGUUUAACAAGGAAGUGAUGUAUGCCUAUGUAGACCAGCUUGAUUUCUGUGGAAAAGACUUUGUCUCUGCUCUGCGUAUAUUUCUGGAAGGUUUUCGUCUGCCAGGUGAAGCCCAGAAGAUCGAUAGAUUAAUGGAGAAGUUUGCUGCUAGAUAUAUUGAAUGCAACCAACGGCAAACACUAUUUGCUAGUGCUGACACUGCCUAUGUUUUGGCAUACUCUAUUAUAAUGCUGACUACAGACUUGCACAGUCCACAGGUGAAAAAUAAAAUGACAAAGGAUCAAUACAUUAAAAUGAAUCGGGGAAUCAAUGAUAGUAAAGACCUGCCAGUAGAGUAUUUAUCCACCAUCUAUGAAGAAAUAGAAGGAAAGAAAAUUGCAAUGAAAGAGACAAAAGAAUACGCAAUUACAACCAAAUGUAGUAAACCAAAUGUAGCUAAUGAGAAGCAGCGGAGGUUGUUGUACAACUUGGAGAUGGAACAAAUGGCUAAAACAGCUAAAGCCCUCAUGGAGGCAGUAAGCCACGCAAAGGCUCCUUUUACUAGUGCCACUCAUCUGGAUCAUGUCAGACCCAUGUUCAAACUUGUAUGGACUCCACUGCUGGCAGCUUACAGUGUUGGCUUGCAGAACUGUGAUGACACAGAAGUUGCAUCCCUUUGUUUGGAAGGAAUACGAUGUGCAAUUAGAAUAGCCUGUAUCUUUGGAAUGCAGCUUGAACGAGAUGCUUAUGUACAGGCCCUUGCUCGUUUUUCCUUGUUGACUGCCAGUUCCAGUAUUACAGAAAUGAAACAGAAGAACAUAGAUACUAUUAAGACACUUAUUACCGUCGCUCACACAGAUGGCAACUAUCUUGGGAACUCUUGGCAUGAGAUUUUGAAAUGUAUUAGCCAGCUGGAACUAGCACAACUUAUAGGAACUGGAGUGAAAACUCGGUAUUUAUCUGGCUCUGGGCGUGAAAGGGAAGGAAGCAUUAAAGGCUAUGCAUCUGGAGGGGAAGAGUUUAUGGGCCUGGGAUUAGGUAACCUCGUUGGCAGCGGAGCUGAUAAACGGCAUAUGGCGAGCAUUCAAGAGUCAGUGGGAGAGACCAGUUCACAGAGUGUGGUGGUAGCAGUAGACAGGAUAUUUACAGGAUCAACCAGGCUGGAUGGAAAUGCAAUAGUUGACUUUGUCCGAUGGCUGUGUGCUGUUUCCAUGGAUGAGCUGGCUUCUCCACACCAUCCACGCAUGUUCAGCCUGCAGAAGAUAGUGGAGAUUUCAUAUUACAACAUGAAUCGCAUUAGGCUGCAGUGGUCAAGGAUUUGGCAUGUAAUUGGAGAUCACUUCAAUAAGGUUGGAUGUAACCCUAAUGAAGAUGUUGCCAUCUUUGCAGUAGAUUCAUUAAGGCAGCUGUCAAUGAAAUUUCUUGAGAAGGGAGAGUUAGCCAACUUCCGCUUUCAGAAAGACUUCCUAAGGCCUUUUGAGCAUAUUAUGAAGAAAAACAGAUCUCCAACUAUUCGAGACAUGGUAAUACGCUGUAUUGCUCAGAUGGUGAACUCUCAAGCUGGUAAUAUUCGUUCAGGCUGGAAAAAUAUCUUUGCCGUCUUUCAUCAGGCAGCAUCAGAUCAUGAUGGGAAUAUUGUGGAGCUGGCCUUUCAAACUACAGCACAUAUAGUUACAAAUAUUUUUCAGCAGCACUUCCCAGCAGCAAUUGACUCAUUUCAGGAUGCAGUAAAAUGUCUUUCUGAGUUUGCCUGUAAUGUUGCAUUUCCGGACACCAGCAUGGAAGCUAUUAGACUUAUUCGCUAUUGUGCAAAAUAUGUUUCAGAAAGACCACAGGUAUUAAGAGAAUACACAAGUGAUGACAUGAAUGUUGCUCCUGGAGACAGAGUAUGGGUCAGAGGAUGGUUUCCCAUUUUAUUUGAACUUUCUUGUAUCAUCAAUCGUUGCAAAUUAGAUGUUCGAACAAGAGGCUUAACAGUGAUGUUUGAAAUAAUGAAGAGUUAUGGCCAUACCUUUGAAAAGCACUGGUGGCAAGAUCUAUUUAGAAUUGUGUUUCGGAUUUUUGAUAAUAUGAAACUCCCUGAACAACAAACAGAGAAAUCUGAAUGGAUGACCACCACAUGCAACCAUGCACUUUAUGCCAUUUGUGAUGUAUUUACGCAAUUUUAUGAAGCUUUAAAUGAGAUCCUUCUUCCUGACAUACUUGCACAGUUACACUGGUGUGUAAAACAAGAUAAUGAGCAGUUGGCUCGAUCAGGUACAAACUGCCUAGAAAACCUGGUAAUACUAAACGGACAGAAAUUCAGCCCUGAAGUCUGGGGCCAGACAUGCAAUUGUAUGCUAGAAAUCUUCAAAACUACUAUUCCUCAUGUCUUGCUGACAUGGAGGCCAGCAGGAAUGGAGGAAGAUUCUGCUGAAAAACACUUGGAUUUAGACCUAGAUCACCAGUCUUUAAGCAGCAUGGAUAAAAAUGCUUCAGAAAGAGGACAAAGUCAAUUUUCAAAUCCAACAGAUGAGAGCUGGAAAGGUGGUCCUUACACAAACCAGAAACUGUUUGCUGGCCUCCUUAUAAAGUGCGUGGUACAGCUGGAAUUGAUACAGACCAUUGAUAAUAUAGUGUUCUAUCCAGCAACAAGCAAGAAGGAAGAUGCUGAGCACAUGGCUGCAGCUCAGCGAGAUGCAUUGGAUGCAGAUAUCCACAUUGACACAGAAGACCAAGGAAUGUAUAAAUACAUGUCUUCACAUCACCUUUUUAAGUUACUAGAUUGUUUGCAAGAAUCUCAUUCAUUUUCAAAAGCCUUUAAUUCAAAUUAUGAACAGCGAACUGUAUUAUGGAGAGCAGGGUUCAAGGGUAAGUCAAAACCCAAUCUCUUAAAACAAGAGACCAGCAGCUUGGCUUGUUGCCUGAGAAUACUCUUUCGAAUGUAUGUGGAUGAAAACCGCCGAGACUCCUGGGAUGCCAUACAACAACGGCUGCUUAGUGUAUGCAGUGAAGCCCUGGCAUAUUUUAUUACUGUGAACUCAGAAAGCCACAGAGAAGCUUGGACCAAUCUCCUGCUGUUGCUUUUAACAAAAACAUUAAAAAUCAGUGAUGAAAAGUUUAGGGCACAUGCUUCAACAUAUUAUCCAUACUUGUGUGAAAUCAUGCAAUUUGACCUGAUUCCUGAGCUUCGAGCUGUGCUACGGAAGUUCUUCCUGCGUAUAGGUGUUGUGUUCAAAAUCUGUAUAACAGAGGAGCAGAUACGGACAACUGGGAUGAACUUACCUUCAUGGUAGCCAAAAGUAGAGUUGGUUACUUCGGCUUGUACAUAAAGCUGUGUUCCAGAGAUUAAUUAAAGUGGAUGAGGGGAAAAAAUGGGACCCUGGUGUAUCAACACAGCAGCAAGUUACUCUUACCACAAUGGCAUUUGGGGAGGAGGAAAAAAAAAAAAAUCCUGUUCUGUCCAUCCUACAAAACUAUCAGCAGUUUUAUUUAAAUUAUUGCUUACAGAGUAACACAGUAGAUGUAAAGUCUCUUUGUUUCAGUGCUAGUCAUCCUUAUGAUCAAAUCUGUCUCUUCUAUCAAUUGUUCAGUCUUGCAUCCCAGCUAAAUCUGAUAAAUCAGCUGGAUUCCUCAAUAGAAAUUAUGCCCCUUGGAAAUAAUGAAUAUAGUUGUAUAGCCUUGUGAUGUUAGCACAUGUGUUCAUAAUAAACUAUACUGCAGUGGCUGAUGACCACCUAAGAUCAUUCUGGGUUUUUCUUUGUGUGUACAUGACUAGACCAGGCAGUGUGUUACCAUUUUUGAAGUGGACAGCCUGUAGGAUAUUUGGGGAAAGGGUUUUCUUCCUGUUGAGUAAGUCCUUUUUUUUUUUUUUUUAAUAUCAGCGUUUUGUCUUCUGAAAUUUGUUUUUAUGGAAGGUUUUACAUCAGGAGCACACAACAGCAUCUGUUCUACUUAGCUUGUUAGUCUUGAGUUAAAGGCAUUUAAAAAAAAACAAAGAAAGCUUUUAAACUUUCCAUUUACUUUCAUACAUUACCAGAUUAUGGACAGAGCAUAUACAGUAAUACUAAAAACAAGGUUCGGAACAAAUAAAACUAUCCUUUUCACCCUUCAGUACAAUGUAUUAGUAGUAAUUGUGUCUGUUAACAAGAAGUCCUGUCCUUAAUACAUGAGGUUUUUUCUUUUUACUGAAAAUCUGAAACUUCUGAUUUGUCGUCUUGUGCAAAUAAUUAUUUUCUCAACUAUUAGUUCCUACUGUGAUCUAAAAAAAAAUUAUUCCCAUGAAAUUGCUGUAGCAAAAUUAAACAAAUUCAUUCAUGUAAGAGUUACCAAUACAUAUCUAUGCUUUGAAGUUAUCUGUGAAGCAAACAUGACUUAGCACUGCAGCUUUGCUUGCCCUAGACGUUUUUCUUUCUUCAAAAUGCAUCAGUUUUCUCUGAGAACUGUUUCUUAUGAUAGAACACCAGUUUACAGUUGAAGUACUGUAGACUGAGGUCUGUCCUUUGAAGUAAUGUUAAUUUCAAAUUUUAAGACUUUGGUAAACUUGGAAGAGUAUGGCAGGAUGGGAGGAGAGGUUCCACUUCCUAAAAUAAUGUAAACAAAGGUGUUAUGUUAACUACUGUGCUAUCUAUAGUAGCAAACGUAAAGUAUAACACAAAACAAAACAAAAACCAAACAACUUAACCUACUUGAAAGGUAUUGUUUAACCUGUUAUUUUGCUUUUUGAGUUUUCUGGUAGAGUGGCUUUAGUUGAGGUUGUCCUGGGAUAUUCCACUCAGAGGUGUUGGGAUUCUUUUUUUUUUGUUUUGUUUUGUUUUCUGGCUUUUAUUUUUGGGGCAGGGUGGGAGUUUUUUAUUUGGGGGUUCCCCCCCCUUUUUUUUUUUUCUGUUGUUUGGUGUUCCCCCCCCUUUUUUUUUUGGUUGGUUUUCUCCUGUUUUCUUGUGAGCUAUUUCCAAAGGGUUCAUAUGGUGCUCUUCAGUAAAUUGGCUUGUUCUACAUAAGCAUUGUUUGAGAAUGGUUUUGCAGUCAAUAGUAGUGCUAAGGCUUUCACGUUUUCAUUUUUACUUUUUAUUUUUAACCAAAGAAAAAUAAAUGGUGGUUGUGGCUCUUUAACCCAUUAGAUUAUAAAUCUAUACACCAGUAUUUAGAAGAGAAUAUAUAUGGCUGUAUUUUACAGUAAGACUGAAAAAUAAGCAAUGCUGAUACUUGCUGCAUUUGAAAUGUCCUUUUGUGUUGCAUUUAUAGUUGCUCAUUCCCUAGUACUGUCACUUCAUCAAUUACAGUAAAACUGAAGUAUUUAUUUUAACUCUAUUUAAAUCUGUAAGAAUAGGGUAUCAGUUUUUUUCUGUUCCUAGAUAGUUGUGAAGAAAAUAUUUGAAACUUUUUAUUUUUCAGAUUUUGAAUAUGUCACUGCUUCAUUGAAUGUAUACCUCUAUCUCCUAUCAAACCACAAACUUUUUUGAAGUUGCAUGUUUUUCCUGUAUUUUACAGUUUUGAAAGCCUUGCAACUCAUAUCUUGAAACAAGUCUUCUGGUUUUCAGACCUGAAAUUACUUUCCAGUUGUGUUGUGGGCUUUCUUUACUGUAAUGUGCAAUAUUUGUACUGUGUCUGCAUAUAGAAUAAGGGCCUUUUAAUCAAUCCUUCCCUUCAGCCUUAGUUCUGAGACUGUUCUUUUACUUAAUGCUUUCAUGGUAUUUAUACCAUUAAUAAACUGCUGAAAUUAGGUGUGUGACAUUAAAACAUCCCAGACACUGUAGUGCAAGGAGAAGGGGGGGACUGGAAUGCAAUUGGAUUAUAACAGCCUUAAUCCUGUCGGUUUUCUGGAAUUGAUUGUACAUGUUAAAGCAAUAAGAAUGGUAUGUUAAGUGUAAUACCUGAAACAGGUGUAUUCACAUCAGCUGUUUGGUUUUCCUUAUACAGUCAGAAAGAUCAUAACACAUAGACAUCUUAAGCUAAAAAUGCUGAGCCAAAACUCCUGCAGUAGUCACUGCUGGUUCCGAUCUUGUCCUGACUCUGCUGACACAGACUUUGCCUGCUGUAGUGGUUUUACUGGCUUUAGUAGAACUAUGAAUGAGAACAAGGUUCUGUGUCAGCAUAUCCUGGCAGAGAUUGAGACAUCUGUGCAAUACAUGGAGUAAUAAAAGGUAACCUCUUAGACUUUUAAAGUAGUGUUAUGCAACAAAUUAAACUAUAAACUGAUUUACCUAUAAUGGUAUAAAUAUGGAAACUGCAUGAUAUUUGUUAUUACUCCUUAUUUUGGAACCCUCUAAGAGAUAGGCAGGGGGAGGAUGCCGAUGAGGAAAACCCUAAAACUUCAUGUUAAUUCUAUUGUGUCUUAACAGUACAAGAAAACAGUAUUUUUACAGUGAUUUGUUAUCUAUGUCUCAUCUCACUUUCUCAACUGUAAACAGAACAACCUAAAACAAUGUUAAUACAAGCAAACAAUCCCAAAUUUUAGCUCAGUCUUACUAUUAAGAAUGAGAAAGAUAAAAAAUAGUAACUUUUAGUCUGAAGUAGAACUAAGCUUUUUCUGUCAAACGUGCAGCUCCCUUUAGCACCUUUAUUGUUAUUUCUGUGUAAAAUGUUUUCACAUAUUUAAAAUGCCUAAGUUUUUUGAAGAUCUCCAUGUUAAGUGCAUUUAAUAUCCAUAAUUUAAAGAGCAUUCCUUGCCCAAUGGAUGUAUACAUUUUUGAGAGAAUACCAAAAUUAUAUAAUAUGAAAAACUAUGUAAAGUUUUCUACAUGAAAAUACUAUGUAUAAUACUGUUAUAAUACUCCAUGCUUUAAUCAAGUGGUAAAUCAAUAAAGUUUUAAGAAGUG